UUCGAAUACGCACUUUCUCACAUUGCCAAGUACUUUGACCCCCAGAUGCUGGUUGUUGAAAACUUGAAUUAUGCCAGUCGUGCAACCAUCUUCUUCCAAAGGCUUUCUGUCAUAUUUACAGAUACCCUCUUCAUAUAUGCAGUCCACGAGUGCUGCAGAUGCAUAAAUGGAAAACGAGCUGCAAAGGAUGUCCUGGAAAAACCAACAUUUAUUCUUGCAGUUCUGCUCUUGUGGAAUUUUGGGUUGUUAAUUGUGGAUCAUAUUCACUUCCAGUACAAUGGCUUCCUCUUUGGACUGAUGUUUCUUUCUGUUGCUCGUCUGUAUCAGGUAAACCCAAGUGACUCUUGUCUAUUUGUUGUCGUGUAUAUUUUGAGUGUAUUAAUGCACUUCACAAAGCUACUCAUGUUGUGGAAAAGGUAUUUAGAGGGUGCUCUUCUUUUUGCUGUUCUUCUGCAUUUCAAACACAUCUACAUUUAUGUGGCCCCAGCCUAUGGCAUUUAUUUGUUGCGAUCCUACUGCUUUACUGCAAAUAAUGCAGAUGGAUCUCUGAAGUGGAGAAGUUUCAGCUUUCUUCAUGUAACACUUCUGGGACUGAUUGUCUGUCUUGUUUCUGCUCUUUCACUGGGACCCUUCCUAGUAUUGGGUCAGCUGCCUCAAGUUGUUUCACGGCUCUUCCCUUUCAAGCGAGGUCUUUGUCAUGCCUAUUGGGCCCCCAAUUUCUGGGCUUUGUAUAAUGCCAUGGAUAAAGCACUGACAAUUCUUGGGCUGAAGUGCAAUUUUCUUGACAGUACAAAAAUCCCUAAAGCCUCCAUGACAGGAGGGCUGGUUCAAGAGUUUGAGCACACUGUCCUCCCUUCAGUGACUCCACUGGCAACAUUAAUCUGUACUUCCAUUGCUAUUUUGCCCUCUGUUUUCUGUCUUUGGUUUAAACCUCAAGGGCCCAGAGGCUUUCUACAGUGCCUUGUUCUUUGUGCGUUGAGCUCCUUCAUGUUUGGCUGGCACGUGCAUGAGAAAGCAAUACUCCUUGCUAUUCUGCCUUUAAGCUUGUUGUCUAUUCAGAGAGCCAAGGAUGCUGGCAUCUACUUGAUUCUGGCAACAACAGGGCAUUUCUCACUUUUUCCAUUGUUGUUCACACCACCAGAACUUCCAAUUAAAAUACUGCUUAUGCUGCUGUUUACUGUUUAUAGCUUCUCUUCAUUGAAAUCUCUGUUCAGGAGAGAGAAACCUUUACUUAACUGGCUUGAAACAAUCUACCUCAUCCAACUAGUGCCCUUGGAAAUCUUCUGUGAAAUCAUAUUUCCCCUGACCCCCUGGAAACAGCACUUCCCUUUUAUCCCCCUAUUGCUGACCUCUGUGUACUGUGCUCUGGGAAUCACAUACGCUUGGCUGAAACUUUACAUCUCUGUCUUGACUGAGAGAACUUCUGUCAGACAAAAGGCUGAGUAAAACCCCAGUGCUGGGACCAGUCUGGGGGAUACCCCUUGGAGGGGAUUCCUGGCACCCUGAGGGGUUGUCACAAGGUCAUCCAUGAUGAGACACAGUGUAUGUGUGCCAUCACCACACAGGAGCUCUUUUUCCAACACUCCUGUACCACUCCUGCCCAACGAGAAUACCUCUGAUCAGAAGCACUGUCACAGUGACAGGGAGGGCUGCAGGUAAACUGUGAAGCUUAACAAGGAGGUCCAGACUUCUGUCCUGAGGAAAACCUGCCUGAUUUUCCCAUUAUAGUUCAUAUUUGAAUAAAAGUUGCUGUGGCAAAUUACAAGG